UCGGGGUUAGAGUUCAUGCAGCAUGUGAUUGUUAUGGGGGGAAGUUUUGUUUUCUGUAAGAUGAUUUUGUCGCUGACCAUGUAAGGAAGAAAACAUGGUAAACAAGAAAAUCUCACGGUCUUCCCCAGCAAGACUAGCAACACUAGCUAUCCUCGGCGGAGCUUUGAUUUUGCUGUCUCUGAUUAGAAAAGGAAUUCCUCUUGAUGCAGCUUCGAACUCCGACCCUGGACACCUUUCGAGGGGAUCUUCAGGUGUUUUAAGGACAUUACUAUGGCAUGAAGACUCGGCUACUGAUGGAUUGUACAGUCUCUCUGUUUAUAACCAGUCUGUUGGCGACUCAGAUUCUGAUGCCGAUUGCAGUUAUGUCCACAAUGUGAAUAAAUCAGAGCGAUGCCACUUCACUAAGACGACAGAUGACUGUUCGAUAGAUGAGGGGUUCAUUGACUACACAGUGUUUUCAUACUGUCAGUUCUCUGCAGCCUUGCUACCGUUGGCUCUUAUCAUUCUGUUCAUAUGGUGGUUAUUUCUAUUCAUUGGCCUAGCCAUAACAGCUGAUGACUAUUUCUGUCCCGCCUUAACUGUCAUCUCUAAAACAUUACACCUCAGUCAUAACAUCGCUGGAGUGACUUUUCUUGCAUUUGGAAAUGGAGCACCUGAUAUUUUCUCUGCCAUUGCUGCUAUUGGUAAUGCAAAGAAUGGUGAGGCAGGUCUUGCAUUUGGAGCAUUACUUGGGGCUGGUGUAUUUGUGACAGCAGUGGUGGCAGGAACUAUUGCCAUUAUCCACCCGUUCGAUGCCAUGCAGAGGCCGUUCCUCAGGGAUAUUGUGUUCUACCUGGCAGCUGUGUUCUGGACAUUUGUUACUAUGUGGGACAAAAAGAUUACAAAGAUAGAGGCAAUAGGUUUUAUUUUACUGUACAUCUUUUAUGUGCUUGUGGUUGUGCUAGGAAGAUACAUAUACCAGAAAAUCAAAGGACCAGUAAUGGUUAUAGGAGAGAUUAGUGUUAAAAAUGAAGAUGAAGAUCACACAGCAAGUGAUGUAGAAGAUAAAAACAGAGACAAUGAGAGAGAGCCUUUAUUGACAAAUCGUCAUGAAGACACCAAGAGUAGUGUGAAUAUAUUGACGGACAGUUCAGAGAGUAGAGAAGAAGACAGAAGUCCAUUCCAACUAUUCCUGUCAGCCAUUAAUCCAAUAGAUACAGAAAACUGGGCUGAAAUGGGCAUUUUCAAGCGGAUCUAUGAGGUUUUCAAGUGCCCUAUGGUCUUCCUCUUGGUGAUUACUACACCAGUAGUGGAUUAUGAUGAAGAACUACACAAGUGGAACCGCUAUCUAAACUCUCUACAGUUGACCACUGGACUUGUGUUUGCUUCUCUGGCCACCAAAGUGGGAUUAAAAACAAUAGGAAGCAGUUUUCCUGUCUGGGCUCUUGUUCUCAUCAUUGGAAUAAUACUCAGUCUUCUGGUUUUCUUCACAUCUAAAAAUGACGAACAACCAAAAUAUCACCCACUGUUUGCCUAUGUGGGUUUUGUAGUAGCAGUGGUCUGGAUAUAUUCUGUAGCCAAUGAAGUGGUCAAUAUUUUACAGACGUUUGGAGUGGUAUUUAGUAUAAGUAAUGCUGUGUUAGGACUUACUCUGUUGGCCUGGGGUAAUAGUGUUGGAGAUUUUAUAGCUGACACUGUGAUGGCCAGACAGGGUUUCCCAAGGAUUGGUAUAUCAGCUUGCUUUGGAGGCCCAUUGUUUAAUUUACUUUUAGGUAUAGGGAUUCCUUUUACAAUAGCCACUGUAAAGAAUGGAGACUAUGACCUCUCAAUCACCUUGGAGGAGUACGUUUUGGCGGGGUUUUUGGCGCUGAGUCUAUUGACGUCUUUGAUAGUAGUACCUCUGUCCAAGUUCCGAAUGUCUCGUCCAUACGGUAUAAGUCUUAUUGUACUGUAUAUCAUCUUUCUGGUGGUGGCGCUGCUUACAGAAUCAAACAUCAUCACCGCUGAUAUCAACUAAUGGACUACUGGAGGUAGUUAUUAAGAUUUUGCUCAAUGAACUACUUUCGGUAAUUUUUGGAGAUCGAAGUUAUGAAUGGAUUUAAUUAACAUCCAAAUAGUAAUUUUCAUACACAUCACAUACAUGAUUAUUUUUUUUUUAUUUUAGGCAUUUUUGUUUUUUAUAAAUGGUGCUUAAUGCCGUUGCAAGUGAGUUAAGGCUAUAUAUAAGCGUUUCUAUGCAGAUGAACUGAUAAAAAUUUAUAAGGCCUAUACCUAUUAUACAGAGAAGGUUGAAACUUAUUUAAGGAAUAACUGUCUAAUUUUUUGGAUUCAUGAUGUGAUCAAUCGAGUGGCUUGCGUGAUAAUUUGCAUAAACGCCGAAGGCGUUUAUGCAUAAAAUUAUCACGCAAGCCAAUCGAUUGAUCAUCGUCAUGAAUCCAAAAAAUCUGACAGUUAUUCCUUAUAUUUACAUGCUCCUGAUUCUACAAAUUCCCGUGUUAAUAGCCCCGCUUCUGUCUCUAUUUGUCCCGCCCCGCACGUGAUUUUUUUUUUAACCGCGCCUAUCGAUGAACCAGUAGAUUUAUGUAGAAAUAAAGUAUUUUUACAAUUUGUAAUUUUAUCUCGGACAAAGACAUUGGAAAUGUAAAUAUUUUCUAAUAUAUACAAUUGGUACCCGUGACGUGUAAACCACACAAAUAUCGACUAUUUGUAAAGCUUUUGAGUUGAAACAGGGUAAAAAUUCGCAGUCCUUUUUAAAUUUUCUCAAAUACUACUUAUCAAAUGGGAAAGUGCAUAGGAUUUGUGCAGCGAUAUACAUUAUUUAUGCAAAAUUAAAUAUAUGCCCUUGCGCUGAAGCUGUUUUGUAGAUGUGUUUUACCUCUGGUAGUAAAGAUCAAUGACGUCUUCAUUUAAAAUCAGCAGACCUGAUUAAUCCACCUUAUUUCAAAUAAAUAAAAUGCAUGUAGAUGGUAUAUGUGCUUCUUAAUCCCCGUUAUCUGGCUACAAACCGCGCCCGUCUUCAAAUUCUCGUAAUUUUUUGUUUUGAUACAAUUUGAGGUCAUCGUUACAGAAUGAUCAAUCGAUUGGCUUGCUUGAUAAUUUUAUGCAUAAACGCCUUCGGCAUUUAUGCAAAUUAUCACGCAAGCCAAUCGAUUGGUCACAUCAUGAAACCAAAAGAUUAGAUAGUUAUUCCUUAAAUAAACGCAACUGGUGAGUGCAGAUUCAUAAAGGGAAGAAAAAGAGAAUAUGUAAAUGUAAGAAAAUGAAUUUAAACUUUCUCUGUAUAAUUGAUAUACCUCUUAUACCUUCUAUUAUAGAAGUCCCAAUCUUAGGUAUUUUUAAAGUUGAACAUUUUUUUGUACGUUCCUUUAAGCUAGAAAAAUACUAUGGUCACUUUUAUGUAUAACAAACAUGACACUGUUUUUUUAUUCAUUCUUAGACAAUCACCUCAGCCCCCCACCCCCACCCCCUACAGACAGGUAAAUACACAAAAAAAUGAUAAUUAUAAAAUCAAUCGUUGUUAGCGCUUAAUCACAAUGUAUUAUACCAUAGGAAUAAUGUGCUUAUUCAAUUUGAUACUCAGUGUCGGCUUCCAGUUUUUCGUCAGUAUUUGCCUAAUGCAUAAAGAACUUAUAUUUAUGCCAAACAGGAUAUCCAGUGUGAUAUACAUAUAUUUUCUAUUGUGCAAAACCGCGUUAAGGUUAUUGAAACUUGCCAUUUGUAAUUUAGAGAAUAUACGAUUCAAAUAACUAAAGCAGUUCGUUUCGAUAGCUUUCACGCACACGCGAUAUUGAAUGUUUUUUUUAUAGCAUUUUUAAUUUACUGAAAAGGGAAUUUAAUUGAUAGUAUUGGCAAAUAAUUUUUAAAAUUUUUUAUUAUUAUUAUUUCGGUUUUUAUGUACAGUAAUUGUAUUAAAAGAUGUGUAACUUGAUAUUAUAAUUGGCCAUUUAUGGUAAGAUAAACCUUUCUAUUUAUAUUUCUUGUAUGAAAUCCCCAUGUUUGUAUGCUUGCAAUGGAAACAUGUUUAAAAAUUGUAAAGAAAAAAAUCUUAUUAUAUGUAUAAUCUGUAACUCGUUGAAAUCUUUGAUAUGUCUAUUUAUUUUAAGGUAAAGGUAGCGUACUUGCAAGUUUUUGCGUGUUCAUGACUGUGCAAAUUAUGGUUCGAUCUCUUUGAUAUUCAAAGUUUCUUUUUGAAGUUUUUUUAUGAGUUUGAAAUGUUAAUCAUAUCAGUGCCAACUGUGAUAAAAAUAUAAUAAAUUUACUAUACCAUGUU